AUGGAUGCGCUCUGGUACGAGAUACAUAGUAUCGUACCUCUGCUCAUGUGCCUUCCUGACGAUGCCCUAAGUCCUGACGAGGGCAGAUUUCCAGGCUGGAAGCACUGCAUCACACGCGAAUUGACCAGCGCAGACUGGGUGCAUUUCGAGGCGCAUGCACGACGCGUCCGAGAGUAUGUUAUACCCAUCUACCUAGAUCAAGAGGCCAGGUUCCAUGAUGUGGAUCUCUCGCAUCCUACCCUCUCUGCGAUCGUCAGGCACUUCGGCGAUCGACCGAUACUGUCGAACCUCUACCGGUUCGAGAAUUGCGUCGGACUCCAAAGUGACACCAAGCUGUUGUUGAAGCCGCCGGUGCUCAUCGUCGGUCUCAGUGGCAGGUGGAGCAGGUCUGGAGAUAGACUGGCUGCCGAACUCGGUAUUGUACACACCAUGGAGACCGUCGAAGAGCUCUCUGUGAUCCCGGCGAUAUCGAAAGAACUCUGCCUCCUCGCUAAAAUGCCGAGACUGAGAUAUCUCUCUAUCACGGCAGACGGCACGAGAGAAGAGCUUGAUAGGAUGAACGCUCUUCCUAUUCUCUCCAUCGACUCCUCCCCGGCGCUGCGAACCCUCGAAUUCGGUAGUAAAGAUCUCGACCGGGCAGAAGGCAUUGAACAAUUCUUAGUCACUUUGGACACCUUUCUGGUGAAGGCAACACCGCGUAUGCCUUUCUCGCAGCUCGUCGUUGUGCAGCUGUAUUGCGAGAAACUGCCCCACUAUCAACUCCCUGAAAAUUAUCACGGACCAGAUGAAGGUCGACGUGUCCUCGAUCCUCGCCCUGUGCGACAUUCGAGGCCUCCGCACUUUGCGCCUAAACCCACUAAGCCUAAGCUGUCCGACGCCAGAGACGAUCUAGCUCAUGGCGAUCUCGUGGCCGCAACUGGUCGAACUUCAAGUGGCGACGGUGCGCACUACCCGUCCGACGGUCACCUUGACCACCCUGCGCCACAUUCUGGACAGCUUUCCCAAGCUUGA